CCGCCCCGAUCUGCGCACUUCCAGGGCACUGUGCUCCUAAAGGGUGUCAACCCGCAGGUGUCUCUUCCGCUGCGCUGGGCAUUUGCAAAAGGCUCGCCAGAUUUCGACCUGGAUUUCAAGCCGGACUUCAAGCCGGAUUUCCACAUCCACCCGGGGAAGCCGUUUAAAUACCGACUUCCUGAGGCGUCGAUCGCGAAAUUCGGAGGUGGGCCGAUCAGAGCCUCGCUGCCAGAUGGAUCGCCUUUGCCGAGUUGGCUUCACUUUGACAAAACCUUCCAUUCGUUUUCGGGCACGCCGCCCCGAUCUGCGCACUUCCAGGGUUCUCUGCUGCUAAAGGGUAUGAACCGGCAGGGCUCGGUGUCCCUGCCACUGCGCUGGGCCAUAGCUACCGGAGCGCUACCCAUUGCAAGAGGCUUUUCACCGGAAUUCAGCAUCCACCCAGGGAAGCCGUUUACCUACAGGCUUCCUAAGGCGUUGAUCACGCAAUUGGGAGGUGGAGACCUAAGUUUCAGUGCCUUUCUGCCAGAUGGAUCGCCUUUGCCGAGUUGGCUUCGCUACGACCCAGCAAGCCAUUCGUUACUGGGCACGCCGCCCCGGUCUGUGCCCUUUGAGGGUACCGUGCUCCUAAAGGCUAUCAACCGGCAGGGCUCGUUGUCUUUGCCGCUGCGCUGGGUCAGCGAGCCGGUGCUGCCGGGCCUGGCCGAUGCCGUGGCGGUGGUGGGGCGCCGCUUCGAGUUGCAGCUGCCCAGCUGGGCCACAGCCGGCGCCCGACCAUAUGCUACGCUGGCGGGGGGCCAGCCUUUGCCCAGCUGGCUGCACUUCAACGCGGAUGACCUGCGCUUCCACGGGACCGCUCCAGACCAGGAGUCGCUGCACAUCCACCUGGGCCCGGUGGGCAACGGCUUCCGCCUGCGUGUGGUGGGGGGCACCUUGGACGCCAAGGCCGCGGCCCUGGCGGCGCGGCCCCUGGAGUUGGCGCGCCCCGAGUUCCCGGCGAGCCGCUACUGCGCGGAGGCGGACGUGAUCUACGAGCCCAUGGACCCGCACCCCCAGGUCACCUCGGACCUGGUGGAGUGUCAGCUGCUCUGCCGGCGCACCAAGGGUUGCGGGUACUGGACCUUCUUCUACCCCCUGAAGACUUGCCACUUCAGCGCCUUCCAGACCUCGAAGCGGACGUACCGCCUCGGCUUCCAGGGUGGGCCCGCAGUGUGCGGAGAGAUCCAGGGCCUGGGCUCGGCGUCGCUGGAGGACGGGCUUCUGGCACAGAAGUGCCUGGUGCAGCACACGUCCUUCUCACCGCUCUAUGGUCAAGGUCGGCCAGAGUCGUAUGAGACCAGCGCGGCGGAGUGCCAGAAACAGUGCCAGAAGACAUCCUGGUGUGCCACCUUUGUUUACGACAGCCUCUCCAAGGGCUGCAACCUCCAGGAGUGGAAUGCUGUGGCCAUACCUGCUGCGGAGCAUCAAGCGGCUGGGCCGCGGGAAUGUAGUGUUGGGCUGGACUUGAACCUGACGCUGCGCGCCAGCGAUGCUGACAGCCACCGCAGCAAGUGGGAGACGCUCUUAAAAGCUGCACUAGUACGUGCUGCAGGCAACUAUUCCUCUGACACGGAGCCGCCAAAGCCGCUGCUGGACGUGUCAGAGAUCUCGUUCACGGCACUGUCCAGGCAGCCCAACGAGCUGGCCCUGGCAGUGGACAUGGAUUCAUCCUCCAGGCGGUCAUUAUACAUUCACCAGUUGCUGAACUCGCCCAAAGGGCCCACAUUUCAGCAUGCGAUGGAGGAUUUCAUGAACCAGACGCAGUCAAUGCUGGAGCUUGGUCCUUUCCACCUCUCGUUGGACCAGUGGCAACUGGAUGUCGAGGGCGACGACUUUCCAGCUCGUUACGCAACCAAGGAGCCUUCAGCGCAAUACCGCCCAUCGUGAACCCAUCCUGGGGUAGCCCUGUGUGGGCUCUGUCCGCUGUGACCGCGGCCAUGCUUGCUGUGACCCUGGUGUCGGUGGGGCGCAAGGCCUUCACGGCGACCGCUCGCACGUCUGAAAACUGGGCUUAUGCUCCGGGUAUGGCGCGGGUGAGCAGUCGGGCUUUGGCUGCGACUCACCGGUCCUCAGACAACCCGGAAUACUCGGCCUUGGACACUGAGCAGAUUUGCAUGUUCCCGUGAGCAAUCCUGGUGGCCCAUGUUGUUUACACAGCAGCUUGUGACACCUCGGCCACCUUGGCCUGUGCUCUCCGGAACAUCUUACGGCAUGUGCCACUUCAAAAUCGGAAGUGUGGCCUUGGAGCUUGGAGGCUCGGAUGGAGUUUAUUUGACCAAUGAGGCAAAGACCUUUGAGGUCGUCAGCGGGCGCUGCCAAUUUCCAAAACAGAGGCAACAUCCAAACAACCGGCGUUUAGACAGCACGAGCGCAACAUCCAAAUAUGAUGGAGACAGUUGGGGAGAUUAAAUUGGGGA